AUGGCGCUCCAGGAGAUUUCAAACUCUGAUCCCCCAUUGCAUGUGCUGUCACCCCUUGAUCAUAGCAUCCCCAAGAUGUAUUUUACCUUCUUCGUCUCCUUCAGCCUGCAGCAGCCAGCCACAGGUCUUGAGUCACUGCGACACGGCAUUAAGAAGCUGGUUGAUACCAUCCCAUUCGUUGCGUAUGAUGUGGUGCCCUGCCAUGACAAGCUUCAUGAGAACGUCCAUUGCAUUCAGCCUCCCUCUGAUGCAACCCUGUCAGGACCGAUGCUCAGCGUCAGAGAUCACUCACCUGCGUCGGUAACGGUACUCGGGGACACGGCCACCUGCACUGGGGACGAGGAAGCCAAAUUCGCCGAGAAAUAUGCGUCCCUGCCGACUAUCCUGAAUUCUACGCAGAGCAAGCCUGCUUUGCGCUUCGUCGCCAACAUGAUGGCGGAUGGGAUCAUCCUAGCCGUCGGUUUCAACCACUUAGUUUUCGACGGCACCGGAGUUGGCAACAUCCUUGGGAUUCUGUCUCAAUGCUGCCGUGGUGCCCAGAAUCUUACUGGACUGCAUGAACUGGAUCUGAAGCUGCGCCAGCAACUGUGUCUCGAUGGCUUAGCUGGCAGAGACGCAUGGAAGGACUUCUCUGCGAGUUACAGCACGGAGAGUCCCUUUACAUGCCCACCACCUGGCCAGUGGCGUACGCCGAAGGCAUCACCUCUUAUCGAGUCGUUUCGGUUCACGGUGAAGUACCGAAAGAUCCGCCAGUUGAAAACUAUUUGUUCUGCCAUCUUGACAAAUACGAGCCACACCCGGGAUGAGAUGGAUGCGAGCCCGCCGGCAUAUGUAUCCAGCCAUGACGUGUUGACGUCUAUCCUUGCGGUGUGUCUGCGGCAAAGCCAACCCAGCACGUUUCAAAAGCCUGACUACAGGAUCUCCUUUGCGGCCAACCUGCGGUCCCGUAUGAGUCCUCGGUGGCCUGAGCUCUAUCUCGGAAAUAUGCUCGCCAUGUUACACGUGCCGGACUCAUGUCUGGCGGACAGAACGGAUAAACAUAGAGCAAUCAUUGCAGCACAUCAUAUAGGGAUGUGCAGCGAUGACUUGAUCAAGAUCACUGACACGGCGGCCGCAAUCCGUCACGAGAUCGUGUCCCUCACGGACUCGCACAUCCGCGGCUUAAUCGACCAUUUGCGGCUGCAAAUUGACUGGGGAGGAAUGAACAUCAAGGGAGGGGACUUCUCCGUCACUAGCCUUCGGCAUUUGAAGGUCUAUGGAUUUGACUUCGGUGGGGACUUGGGCGCGGUAGCUGACUUCCGUUUACAUGUUGGGUUGCUGGAGGGGUUGUUGUGUGUGGUUCUUCCCAGGGGACGAGAUGGUGAUUGGGAUAUUCAGUUUAUGCUGGAGAAGGAACAAUUUCACGUUCUUUGCAAACAUCGUCUUUUCCGGUGGUUGAUGGGCGAGCGUGAUGGGCUGGGUUAUUGUGCCUCUCCAUUGCAUGGAACCAUGGAUUGA